UUCCCUACAUCUGAUCUAGCCGAAGCUAGCUGUAGCCAAAGUCGCCAAUUCGGAUCAACUAAACCCUUUCCUUCAAUAGUUAGUUCGUGAUUUGGUCUGUCGCGGUGAGAUAGUCGAGUCCUGGUGGUGGCGUACAGCGAUUCGGGCUUCCACGAUAUUAUUCUGCUCUCGCGAGAUCAUUAGCGCAAAGCUGCUGGCUACAGACGAAAGCAGUAGCCUCGCAAGGAUAGUCGUCAGUGUCACGGGUAUCGCGGAGAGAGUCGAACGCUACAUAAGGCGACAGACAUUUAACGACUUGUUCACAAGUCUAGCAUGCAUACCGGGAUAUUAAUACUCCGUGCGCGGACCAUCCAUCCAGCUACAAGCAUUAUAGUGUGUAACUUGAACUCGCUCGUUACUGAAUGGUAUUUCAUGUUUAAUGCUCACUCGUUCGUGAUAUUUUAAAUGGGUGAAAAUUAUAUAUCGCUGCUGCUGUCUGUGAGUUGUGACAAUGCAAUGAGAUCCCUGUUGUUGACAGCAGAUAAAAUAUAAUAAUUGUACCACCGAUAGGCUUGACGGUAGGCCUAGCUGGAGCGUCUCGGUUUAUAAGGCCCCGUCAUCCACGCCGGAGAAGGUGAAUUAAGUUGGACUAUUUAAGUUUAACUUCUAUAGGCUUGUUGAAUUAAUGUACAACUGAAAAGCAGCUCGAACUACCGGAAAUCUUUGCGGAAAUGAUAUUGACAAAUGCAGUUACCUAUCUAUACAGAAUGUUGCAGUCAAGGGGGAUAGGAAACGGCAGGCAGGCCACGAAGUGCAUGCGUUUCUAGCUAGCACAAGUCUUCACGACCUGUCUCCACAGCAGACUGAUUCUACCACAGUGACAUAUUAUACAUCAUCAGCAUCUGUCAAUUCAUUUAAAGGUGAUUACUUUGGAAGAUAAAAAUGACAGCUCCCGAAGCGAAGGAAGAAGGCAUAAUGAUGCGCCUGAGAUUGAAGACAUUAUAUUCUGGCUGGUGGCAUUGGGUUGUAACAGUCUCAUCGGCGAUUCAGUUUUUCAUCGUCCUGGGUUUUUUGCAGAACUAUAGCAUUUUAUUUGUGAGUUUACAAGAGGAGUUUGGUUCAGGAGCUGCUCUUACAGGAUGGCCGAGUUCAUUAGCUUGGUCGCUGACUUUCCUUGGAAGUCCAUUUGACGCCCUGCUUCUUCAUCGGAUAACGAAUCGUACGAUGACCCUACUGGGGCAAUGCAUCCUGUGUGCAGGAAUUGUGAUGACGUCAUUGGUUCCGUCCGUGAAAUAUGCCAUCAUAACUUACGGAGUCGGUGUUGGAGUCGGAAAUAGCUUCGUGAACCACGCGGCAUCGGUGGUUGUCCUCAACUGGUUUGCAGACAGAGAUUAUGUUCGCGCCAAUGCAAUCGUAUCCAUGGGAUCAUCUAUAGGAAUGUUCGUCUUCAGCCCCAUACUCACAGCGUCUUUUGCGCGCUUCGGGUGGCGGGCGUCGUUGAGGUUUGUCGCCGGCGGAUGUUUGGCUCUCAGCUUCGCCUUUGGAGUGUUUCUCGUUGAACCGCCACCAACAAGCGACGAUCCGCGGCAUCGGGAAAAACAGCGAGCAAUCAAAGAAGAAGGUGAAAGGGAACAUAUUUCUCUACGAGAGGAUGAUAAAGACUCUGAAGCCGGAUCAGAAGAAACGUCGACGAUGAAUGUGGAUCUUCAAGACAAAGAAGAUAAUAACGGUGGGAAUAUUCAAAUGGAAACUGACAAAGAGACGAGGUUGACAGAGGGACGAGGUUGUUGCUCUUGCCAUUGGGAGGUAUGUCACAUGGUGAGACGUCUGGACACGUGGUUGUGGACCAUCGCAAUCAUUCUCCUGUCGUUCGGCUGGACCUUUUUCGUCAUAAAUUUCGCAAGUUAUCUGGAUGGCCGAGGUCUAAGCAGUGAACAAACCGCCCUGGUCAUUAUGCUCUUCGCAGCAGGAGACAUCGCAGGGAAAGCUCUCAUCGCCAUCGUUGGAAAGAAACUUCCGGUUAAGGAGAUCUACUGCGCCUCUGCUUCGAUGCUCGUGGGGACCGUCUUGUUCGGAUUAAUGACGAUCGUCCAGACUUUCACGGAAUCUAUUAUCUUGGCAUUGGCAGCUGGAGUGACGAGAUCAGUAGCGUUUGGUACAUCUAACGUUAUAGCAGCCGAUCUCUUCAGACAGUACAGUGCCAAUGGAGUGAUGAUUCUAGCAAUGUUUCCAUAUGGUUUGGGAGGGUUGCUCAACGCUCCUAUAUCAGGUGGUUUAUUUGACGUCACUGGUAAUUACGUAGUCAGCCUCAUUGUCAUUAGUACAAGCUUCGUUUGCUGCUCACUGGUACUCUGUUUUAUUCCUAUCCGUCGACGUAUGCAGUCACGUGGUUGGUGGUGUUGCCUCAGGAAAACACGGUGCAUCAACACACCAGUGAAGUUAUGAUUCAAACCAAACAUGGGCUCCGAUUCUGGUUGUUAAGCCAAGUACUCUAAGAAAAGCGAACUUAAAGGGACACUGACCUUUGGUAAUUGUGGCGUAUCAUGGCCUAACGGUUAAGAGCACCGGAUUCAAACUCUGGUGCUUCUGAUCAUCAGAGUGUACGUUCGAGUCCCAAUCGUGGCAUUGGCCCUUAACUACUGCAUCAUUCGGAUGGGACGUAAAGCCAUUGGUCCUGUGUGUUUUGUGACGCACGUAAAAUAACACCGUGCAGUUAUCGAAAGAGAAAGGACUCGCCUCGUUGUUACUGAAAGAAAGUAAAAUAAUAUGUAGAAACACAUACCUUUAACAUCGGUACGUCAAUUUUAUUUGUUUACAUUUUGUUAUACAAGUUGCCUUUUGGGCAAAUGGUGUUAUGAAGGUUUUUAGAAUGAAAGUAUAUAUGUAUACAUCUUUAUUUAUUUUCUUUUGUAUGGUACACUUUAAUAUCAAUUAUUGACAACUGGGCAAUAGUAUCGAACUAUAGACAACGUGCCAUUACGUUUAUAUACAGGAGAGACACAGAACCUGACUUCCUGCAGACAGAAUUUGUACACAGCCAAAUGGAACAAGACAUUUUAUUUUUGAGUAACUGUGAUUUUUAUCAAACAUUUAAUGUGGAUAAAUCAGGCACAUCUGAAAACUUGUUCAGCUGUUAUUUGUUUGUAACUAUUAAGUUUAGGAUGAAAAUGAAAACUUUUACGACUUAUGAAAACCCACCUGACAAAGAACUACCUUUUUAUCACUUCAUAUUGUUAUUGGUUAGUUAGUAGUCAUUAUCUGUAAAGACGAUGUUAAUGAAAUAAUUUUAUCAAAUGAUUUUUUUCAUAUAAUUUAAAUAAGAGGUUAAAUAAAUGAUAAUUGAACAACGUCACAUGCAAAGGUCAAAA